AUAAAUAUAUACUCAUUCUACUCAUUAUUUAAGUACUAUUGGUGGAGUGUUUUGUUGGCUGAGUUAAAAAUAAAUAUUCCCGUCAAAAAAACUCUUUCAAAAGUUUGUGAAUAAUUUUGAGCGCUGCGCCUUGUGGUAGGGAAGUAAUUCCAUUAUGAAGGGACGAGCAGGAAAAAGGAAUCGGUUGCUUGUUUUACAAUCCUCCCGAGUGCCACAUCUCCGCUGGACACAGAUUCCGCCCUCAUCGGAGGAGAUCACGACCGACGGGACGAGCUUGUUGAGCCAGGAAACAAUGCAAAUCCCAAAAAUUCCAAAAAUGGCAGUUACACCAUUGGAACAUUAACCAUUCCCGCCGGCUAUGACAAAUUGAUCCUUCCCACGGGCGGUGGUGUGAGCAAUGAGACCCUCGUCAACGUCCAGUUGGGCAUUCGUGAAGUGUUGGGCGUGGAUACGAAAGGGGAAACCGUAGAACUUGACACGGAAGUAGGAGUCAGUUGGAUAGAUUGGGACAUCUGGCUUAAUUUCAUGGAGGACAAGGAGGCCCAGGAAAAGGCGAAGACUAGAGACGAAGAAAUCAUACUGGACUCCGAAGUACUGCGACAUAUCUGGAAACCGGACAUUUAUAUCGAUGAAAUGGCAUCUGUCGAUAGGACCUCGAUUCUCUCCAAAUUAAUCACGUUAAGAUUUCUAGUAAACAAUAAAGCUCUUCCGGGAAUUAUUUCCUUUAAAUCAAGACAAACCUUGAAACUGAGGUGUGACAUGGAUUUUCACUACUACCCCGCCGAUAUUCAGACGUGCGAGUAUAACAUUCGAAGCUAUUCUUACACGCAAGACAAACUCUUCCUCAUGUGGGACCUAGUUCACUCCAUCUACCUGGAUAAAUUGGCCGAUUCCAAUUUUGACUUUCAAAUUUCUUCCGCCGAGCCACAGUGGGCCAGAUUUAUUAAAUUUUGGCCAAAAAUAUAUAUGAGCCGAAUUUGAAGAAAUAAAAAUUAGAUUUUGGUGUGCAACAAUAAUCUAAAGCAUA